GACGCAAAAGACAGCUUUAUAUAUCAUCUAGGGACGGACAGCGGUUAUAUUUGGAUAGGACUAUCGCGAGUGUACGGCUCUUUUUGAUACUGUGGCUGCGGCAAAAUACCUCGAUAGCACGAUAAUGCGCUCGCGGUCAGCGUAGGGGGCAUGUUCAACUCAACGAAGCAGUGGUUGCGCCGGCACCGCAGCGGCAUUGCCAUUGGUGCUGGAGUCAUCGGAGUCGGCUACUUGGCCGGUCAGUAUGUGCUGGGCAAGAUAUCAGAGGCUAGAGAGCGCAUGAGCAGUGAGCGGAUUGCGCGAGAGAAUCUACGACGCCGAUUCGAACAGAACCAGACAGAUUGUACCUUUACCGUGCUUGCCUUACUACCUACAGCUACGGAGAAUAUACUUGGGGCUCUUCCGGUCGAGGAGCUGACGAAUGAGUUGCAGCAGAAGCGUGCGGAGAGGUUGGCUAAGCAGUUGAACGGAGGAGAAGCUGCAGGAUCAGAGAUAAGUUCAGAUCCCCUAAGUACGGUAGACGAUGAUGGGAAGAGCUUGUCGAGUCUCCGGAGCCAGGGGUAUGUGCAUACUAGCCAGAUGGGGGAUUCUGUUGCUGGAGACGGGACACCACGGAAGAAAAGCAGGACGCAGCUGUGGAACGAGCUCAAGGUCAACUGUAUGUCUGAUCCCCGGCCAAGGGAGCAUAUAUACAUCACACUUGCUAACUGGUGCUCACAGCUUUAACACGAUCGUUCACUCUUCUAUAUACACUCUCGCUGCUAACCUUGCUCACGCGCAUCCAACUCAACCUAUUGGGUCGACGGAAUUACUUGUCCAGCGUAAUAUCACUUGCGUCUCCACAAGCCGAUCCAGCUAUAAUAAGCCUGGAAGAGAACGACGGUGACAAUGCGUUUGGAAACGACUUUGAGACCAACCGUCGAUACCUUACCUUCAGCUGGUGGCUGCUCCACCGUGGAUGGAAAGACUUGAUGGAAAAAGUCGAAGAAGCCGUCGUUGAAGUCUUUGGACCGCUUAACCCGCGAGAGGACAUAACGCAGGAAAGGCUCUCAGAGUUGACACUACAAGUACGAAAGAAAGUUGAGGGGGCCACGAGCGAAGAACGACGGGCGAAGCAGUGGUUGCCAUACCUCCUACCGGCCGUCGAGCAGGAAGACUACGUACUACAAGAGUCUGGUGUGCUGCUGUCGUCUGAAGAAGUCUCGCCGCAGACAGCAUCCAACCUCCGACACCUACUCGACGAGACAGCCGAUCUUAUCGAGUCGCCGCAGUUCACGCAUAUUCUUUCAUUGCUCAACAACGAGGCCUUCUCCUACCUUAUCGACCACAAAUGUGCCAUCGACGCCUUCAAAAAGCCGCCCACAGUCCCUGCAACACAAGCACCGGAAGCAAGUCCGGCAAAUCUGUUCUCGUCUUCAGCUACCGUUGUGCCGUCAGAUAGCCAACAGCCACCGCCAAACCCGCGGGUGAAGCUGGCUACGAUUCUAGCGGUUGUUUCCCGCCAGGCACAUACUAUCGGCCAGGGCUCGAAUCCACCCAACGAGUACCUUUCAGCCAUGGAGGAAGGGGUGCGGGAACUCGAGGCCUUUGCGGCUGUGGUGUACAGCAGUAACUUUGGCCUCGAAGGGACCAUGUCACCGGGGGGAUCGGUAGGCGGUUCCUUUGUCGUUGUACCACAGUCAGAGAAGACGGAGAAGGUGUCGAAGAUCGAGAUGAGAGACGUCGAAGCCGACGAUGAAGCUGGAGCUGGAGCUGGAGCUGGCGCUGAUGUCGAGGAGAGCAACUUUGAGUCUGCCUGGGGCAAGGCGACGACUGAUGAGAAGUAACUCCCAUGUUAGAAUACCCUAUAUAGCACGAAUAAUCACAUUCAACCACCCCAUCCAUAGACAUCCAUCACAGACAGCAGUGGCCGUUGGUUGUAGCUAAAGCAUCCAGAGCCCCAUCUCUCUCCACAGUGGCCUGACCAUGCACGACGCUGAUCUCUUUAUCAAACCACCGCCAUCACCACCACCUCCAACGUCUAUUUUCACCGUCACCGUCUGUCCAUCUGAUCGCUUCUCUACCUUCGCCAGCUCCUUUUAAGCCCUCCAGCUCGGCUUGCACUACCGCUCUCGUGUUAGACCCUC